AUGAUUUUGAAAUCUUUUAUACUAGAUAAUCUAGUAUCCUUAUGCAUGAAGAUAAUUAAUUCGGUCGUUGUGGUCGGACUCUAUUAUGGAUUUCUGACCACAUUCUCCAUAGGGCCCUCUUAUCUCUUCCUUCUCCGAGCUCGGGUUAUGGAAGAAGGAACCGAGAAGAAAGUAUCAGCAACAACUGGUUUUAUUACGGGACAGCUCAUGAUGUUCAUAUCGAUCUAUUAUGCGCCUUUGCAUCUAGCAUUGGGUAGACCUCAUACAAUAACUGUCAUAGCUCUACCCUAUCUUUUAUUUCAUUUCUUCUGCAAUAAUCACAAACACUUUUUGAAUUAUGGAUCCACUAAUCAAAAUUCAAUGCGUAAUUUUAGCAUUCAAAGGAUAUUCCUGAAUAAUCUUAUUUUUCAGUUAUUGAACCUUUUCAUUUUACCAAGUUCAAUGUUAGUCAGAUUAGUCAACAUUUAUAUGUUUCGAUGCAACAACCAAUUUUUAUUUCUAACAAGUAGUUUUGUUGGUUGGUUAAUUGGUCACAUUUUAUUCAUGAAAUGGGUUGGAUUGAUAUUAGUCUGGAUACAGAAAAAUAAUUCUAUUAAAUCUAAUGUACUUAUUCGAUCUAAUAAGUACAUUAUAUCAGAAUUGAGAAAUUUUAUGUCUCGAAUCUUUAUUAUUUUUUUAUUUAUUUCCUCAAUAUACUAUUUAGGGAGAACACCGCUGCCUAUUUUUAUUAAAAAUAAAAAAAUAUCAGAAAUUCAAGAAAGAGGUGAAAUUGAUAACAAAAAAAAAAUAGGUGUAGAAAGAACUUCCAAAACGAAAGUAACUAAACAAGAACAAAAAAAAUCCAACGCAGAAUAUCUUUCUGCUUCUCUUUUUUCGAAGGAAAGAGAGAAUUCGUACAAAAUCGAUGAAAGAGAGGAGAAAGAUAUCUUUCGGUUGGAAAAACCUCUUCUAAGGAUUAUUUUCGAUUAUAAACGAUUCCAUCGUCCUUUGCGAUAUAUCAAAAAUGAUCAAUUUGAAAAUGCUGUAAGAAAUGAGAUGUCACAAUUCUUUUUUCAUACAUGUCAAAGUGAUGCAAAAGAAAAAAUAUCUUUUACGUAUCCAUCUAGUUUAUCAACUUUUCUUGAAAUGAUGCAAAGAAAGACGUCUCUCUUCACAACAGAAAAACUCUCCUAUGAUGAAUUGGAUAAUCGUUGGAGUUCUAUUAAUGAACAAAAAAGAAACAACCUAAGGAAUCAAUUUCUAAAUAGGGCCGAAGCUCUAGAUAAGGAAUUUUUUGCUUUGGAUGUACUCGAAAAAAAGAGUAGAUUAUGUAAUGAUGAGACUAAAAAAAAAUACUUACCUAAAAUAUAUGAUCCUUUCUUGAACGGACCCUAUCGCGGACGAAUCAAAAAAAGUUUUUUAUUCUCAAUCAAGAAUAAAACUUACCCAAAAAACUACAUUUGGAUAAAUAAGAUUCACGCCAUCCUUCUUAAUAUUAAUACUGAUUAUCCAGGCUUUGAACAGAAAAUAGAUAGAUUUGAUAAAAAAUCAUUAUCAAAUGAAAUUCGUUUUUUUUUUAACUUGAUCAGUCAAUUUUCUGGAAAAUCAGUAUCCAAUUUCAAUUUUAAAGGACUUUGUUUAUUUCGAGAACAUGAAAAGAUGGAUUCCGAAGCUAAAAAAAAAAAAAUGAAGUUUUUAUUCGACGCAAUUCUAACUGAUGCGAACGAUAAAACAAUUAUAAAUAGAAAAAAAUGUAUUGGAAUAAAAGAAAGCAGUAAAAAAGUUCCUCGAUGGUCAUACAAAUUAAUUGACGAGGUAGAACACCUGGAAACAUCCGGUGAAACAGCGGAUUAUGAGAUUCGUUCAAGAAAAGCCAAACGUGUCGUAAUUUUUACUGAUGACUCAGAGAAUGCCAAUGCUUAUACGGAUACCAAGGAUACUGAUAAUUCUGAUGAAAAAGAUGAAUUAGCUUUAAUACGUUAUUCACAACAACCGGAUUUUCGGCGAGACAUAAUCAAAGGAUCUAGACGCGCUCAAAGACGUAAAACUGUUAAUUGGAAAAUCUUUCAAGCAAGCGCACAUUCUCCUCUUUUUUUGGACAAAAUUGACAAACCCUCUUUCUUUUCUUUUGAUAUUUUCGAGCCAAUGAAAAUCCUUUUUCUAAAUUGGAUGUGGAAAAAUAAAAAUACAGAAUUGAAAAUUUCGGAUUCUACAGAGGAAAAGACAAAAGAGAUUAAGAAAAAAGAGGAAGAAAGGCGUAUAGAAAUAGCCGAAGCCUGGGAUAGCAUUAUAUAUGCUCAAGUAAUAAGAGGUUUUUUAUUAGUAACCCAAUCGAUUAUUAGAAAAUAUAUUCUAUUACCCUCAUUGAUAAUAACUAAAAAUAUCGUUCGUAUACUAUUAUUUCAAUCUCCCGAAUGGUCAGAGGAUUUAAAGGAUUGGAAUAGAGAAAUGUAUAUUAAAUGCACCUAUAAUGGCGUUCAAUUAUCCGAAACAGAAUUUCCGAAAAACUGGCUAACUGAGGGUAUUCAAAUAAAGGUCCUUUUUCCUUUUCGUCUGAAACCUUGGCACAGAUACAGAUCUAAGCUACGAUCCCCUCAAAAGGAAAAGGAUCCAAUGAAAAAAAAAGUGAAAAAAAUGGAUUUCUUCUUUUUAACAGUUUUCGGAAUGGAAGUAGAAUUGCCCUUUUCUUCUUCUCCCCGAAACCGACGUUCGUUUUUUGAUCCCAUUUUUAAAGAACUUAAAAAAAAAAUAAAAAUUUGGAAAAAGAAUUUUUUUCUAGUUCUAAAAGUCUUAAACGAAAGAACAAAAUUUUUUCUAAAUAUAGCAAAAGAAACAGCACAACGGAUCAUCCAAAGUAUUCGCAAAAGGAUUCUAUUUCUAAAAGAAAAAAUAAAAAAACUAUCAUUAUCAAAUCUUUUAUUUAUAUUUGGAUUGAGAAAAAUAUAUGAAUUGAAUGAAAUUCAAAAAGAUUCAACAAAAAGUAAAAGUAAGAGGAAUCAAAUUAUUUACGAAUCCACCAUUCCAAUUCAAUCUAUUAAUUGGACAGAUUGUUCAUUGACAGAAAAAAAAAUAAAAGAUCUGAAUGAUAGAACAAAGAAAAUCAUAAAACAAAUAGAAAAAUUUAAAAAAGACAAGAAAAAAGGUUCAGAGAGAAAUAUUUGUUCUAAGAAAACAACUUAUGAUGAUAAAAGAUUAGAAUUACAAAAAAAUAUUUGGCAGAUAUUACAAAAAAGAAAUGUUCGAUUAUCCCGCAAAUCACAUUAUUUUUUUAAAUUUUUCAUAGAAAGGGUAUAUAUAGAUAUCUUUGUAUGUAUCAUUAAUAUUCCUAGAAUCAAUGUACAACUUUUUCUUGAAUCAACAAAAAAAAAUUCUUACAAAAUACAUUUACAAAAAAGAAGCAAAGGAAGAAAGAAAAAGAAGGGAGAAAAAAAAUCAAAGUCUAAUUCACUUUAUUUCUACUAUAAAAAAAUCAAUUUGAAAUAUGAGGAAUACGAAUUCACAGAAUUUUUGCGACGUAUCCUCUUUGUCACAAGCAUAUGUAUUUUACAAAUUAUCACAAACCCAAGUUAUAAACUUAUAUAUGUAAAAAUUAAGAUCCGUUUUGGAAUAUCAUGGAACACCUCUUUUUCUGAAGAAGGAACUAAAGGAUUAUCUUUUUGGAGUACAAGGAAUAUCUCAUUCCAAAUUAAAACAAAAGAGCGCUCCCAAUUCUGUAAUGAAUCAAUGGACAAAUUGGUUAAAAGGUCAUUAUCAAUACGAUUUAUCUCAGAAUGGAUGGUCAAGAUUAGUAUCCCACAAAUGGCGAAAAAAAAUGAAGGAACGCCAUGUGGCUCAAAAGAAAGAUUUAACCAAAUAUCAUUCAUAGGAACAAAACGGAUUAAUUCUUUACAAAAAACACGAAAUAGAUUCAUUAACAAAUCAAAAAAAAAAAAUGAAAAAACAAUAUGGGUAAGAUCUUUUAUCAUAAAAAUCCCUAAAUUAUGCAGAAAAGAAGGACUCAUAUAUUUAUGGAUAAAGAUCGUCAUUCCAAGCAAAAAAAAACCAAGCGAUUUCUUAAAAUUCCAACACGCGAAAAAAAAAAAAAUUGGAUAUGACGGAAGAUAUUCCUCUCAAGAAUUAUAUAGUAGAAGAUUCUAUUCUAGAUAUGGAAAAAAAUUUGGAAAGAAAGUGUUUGGAUUGGAGAAUUCUGAAUUUUUGUCUUACAAAGAAAGUGCAUUUUUGGGGUUCGAUCGAUACCGAUUAUUAUUUUACGCUUCAGGAAGAAAUCAACCCAUCCAAGAAAAAAAAAAACCUUUUGGAUUGGAUGGGAAUGAAUGUAGAAAUACUAAAUCGUUGCAUAGCGAAUCGGGAAUUUUUUUUCUUCUCGAAAAUUUUUAUAUUUUAGAAUGCAUAUACGAGAAACCCAUGGAUCAUACCAAUCAAAUUCCUUUUUUUCAAUUUAAAUGUAAAAAAAAAGGAGAAAAACAUCACGGAAAAGAAAAAAAUAGAUAUUUUGAGACGAUGGAAAAAAAAAAAAUAUCUGGAAUUAGAGUUAGAGACUCGAAAGAAAGGAAAAACAGAAUAUGCAGGUCGACUAAAUCUAGAAGCAUCCCCUUCAAAGAAAGAAAAAGAUGUAAAAGAAGAUUAUGCCAGAUCCGACAUAAAAAAGGGUGUAAAAAAAAAAAAAUACACGAACAACAUCGAAGCAGAACUAAAUUGCUUCCUAAGAAGGUAUUUGCUUUUUCAAUUGAACUGGCGGGAUUGCUUAAAGGAAAGAAUAAUGAAGAAUAUCCAAGUAUAUUGUCUCCUGCUGAGACUGAAAAAUAUAAAAGAAAUUGCUAUAGCCUCUAUUCAAAGAGGAGAACUAAGUCUAGAUAUUAUGAAAAUGAAGAAUCAGAAGGAUUUCACUCUUACAGAAUUGAAAAAAAAUACGGAAUUGAUGAAAAAAGGAAUAUUGAGUAUCGAACCGAUUCGUCUGUCUAUAAAAAACCACGAACAAUUCAAUAUGUAUCAAACCAUAGGCCUUUCGUUGAUUCACAAGAGAAAGCACCAAAUCAAUCAAAGAUACCGAGAAAAAAGCUACGUCGACAAGAAAAAUUUGGAAAAAUCCAUAAAGAAAUCCAUUACAAGAACAAGAGAUCAAAAGCUGACGGAAAAGAAAGAAAAAAAGAAUUAGGAUUUGCUUGUUCCGGAAAAUCUUUUAUCCGCGAGACGUCGGAGAGAAUUGAGAAUUCUAAUUUGUUUCAAUCCGAGGAAGAGAAAGAGUGUGCAGAGAAAUACGGCAUUUUACAAGGAGAAAAAAGUGAAAAAUUGCUGUCAAGUUUUGGCUACAAGAAAAAAUAUAGAAAGAGAAAAACAAAAACUAAUAAAUUUAAAGUUAUUUCUUUGGCCAAAUUAUCGAUUAGAAGAUUUAGCUUGUAUGAAUCGCUAUUGGUUAGAUACCAAAAAUGGCAGCCGUUUCAGUAUGGUAAGGAUACAUAUGUAUCCACGAUUGAAAAUUCGUUAAUCUACAUUUUUUGUUUUUUCUAUUUCUCGUAA